UUCUUCUCUUAGCCCCCCCUUUCUCUUAUAUAUCUUCUUGUGGACUAGUUAUUCUUUGUGUGGUGUAAUUUCAUAUCCACAAUAACAGCAACAAUAAUUUUCUCUUAAUUAAAUAUUAGAUCAUAUAAUCUUCAGUCCCCGGCCGCUAUAGAAUCCGAAAAUCGUGCCACAGCCGCCGCGCGCCAUGGAGGACUCAGCCGGCCCAACAAACUCAUCUGCCGACGAUGCAAAGAGUUGUCCCCGAGGCCACUGGAGGCCUGCCGAGGACGAAAAGCUCCGGCAGCUGGUGGAACAGUACGGUGCCCAGAACUGGAACUCAAUCGCUGAAAAGCUCCAGGGAAGAUCAGGAAAGAGUUGCAGAUUGAGGUGGUUUAAUCAGCUCGACCCCAGAAUUAACCGAAGGCCAUUUACUGAAGAAGAAGAGGAAAAAUUACUAGCAGCUCAUAGAAUUCAUGGCAACAAGUGGGCGUUAAUAGCUAGGUUAUUCCCUGGACGCACAGAUAAUGCUGUGAAGAAUCACUGGCACGUUAUAAUGGCCAGAAAACAAAGGGAAGAAUCCAAGCUUUGCGGGAAAAGAAGCUCAUGCCAAUUACAAGAUCAUGUUUAUUGCAACGAUUCCGAGGGGAAUUUUCCGGCCCGCAAAAUUACUAGCUUUGGAAUUUAUGAUAAUAAUAUCGAUCAUUAUCAUAAUCAUGGUCAUCAGUACUUCAAGCAAGUCAUGAUCGAUAAAGAUAGGAUGUUGCUCUCGGAGUCUCCUUCUAGUACAACUUCUUCUCCUCCUUCUAAUUGGAACUUUGCUUCGACGACGACGAUGGCGACAACAAAUGCUAGUGCUAAACCAGUAUUAGAGGGUCGUUUUUUCAUGAGAAGAGAUCAAGAUUAUGGUGAGAGAGAAUUCUUUAAGUGUGGUAAUCCUAUUUCUGAUCAUAAUUACUACAGAUCAUUGUACCCAAGUAAUUCUUCUUCAUGGUUCGGAGGAAAUAAUUACAACAAGAGGGUCCAUGUUUCAAGACCUUUUGAUCAUCUUCAAUAUCAUCAAUAUAAUCACUAUGGAAUAUUAGGCAAGAAUUGCAAGAUGCAGAGAGAUCAUCAGACGUUAUUAUUAGCAAAUAGAAAUAAUAGCUUUUGUGAUAAGGUUACACCAAGAGCUACGUAUGGAAAGUUAAGGGCAAGUAGUAGUACAAUAUUGCAAGGGCAAGAAGGUGAUGAUGAUCAUCAAUCCAACCUUGAAGCCAAAGAAGUUCAUUUCAUAGAUUUUCUUGGUGUGGGGAUCUCUUCGAAUUCUUAAUUGAGGACACUUUUUUUUUUAAUUUUUUUUUUCUAUAACAUAGUGUAUAGUUUAAUUAGAUAAUAUUACUUUAUAAUCAUA